AUGGAUUCACUUGAAACAGAAACAAACAACAAAGACAAUGUUACAAUUGAAACAAGAACAGAAGACAAAGUAACACUUGCAACAGAAUCUAAACAUAAAGACAUAAUUUUAACAGAUAUAGAACUAAAAGUUGAAGACCUAAUGAGAGAAGGCAAAAACAAGGCCACACGAAACAAGGAGUUGCUUAAGGCUAUUGUGCAAGGGAGAUGGCGGGAAGUAGAAUCCACACUAAAAGAAGAUAAAGCCGCAGCCACAGAGGCAAUAAACAGUGAUGGCAACACAAUGCUUCAUAUAGCCGUUGGAAUAGGUCGUAACUUUCUCGUCAAUGAAAUAUUAUCGUUAAUCAAACCUGGACAAUUACCUAAAAUGGUAAAUUUAGAUGGAAGCACUGCCCUUCACAUUGCAGCAAUUGUUGGCAACACAGAAGCAGCAACGCUCUUGAUUGAAAAUGACAGACGUUUGUUGGAAAUUCAAGACCAUGAAGGUGAUACACCUUUGGAUAAAGCUUACCAGAAUAUGCAUCUUGACACCAUUGAUUUUUUGUUGAAAGCUGUGUACGAUAAUAUAAAACCCAAGAAACAGUCUUCUACUUUAGAGGAUUCUGUUAGCCCUGGUGUAGAACUAGGCGUUAACCUUCUUCUUAAUGCUGUUUCUGCAAAGAAAUAUGAUUUAGCAGCAGAGUUAGUCAAAAGUUUUCCAGAGUUUGCUGUGGAAAAUGAUGAUGUACUUCUGGCAAUAGCUAAAACUUUUCCAAUGGGGCUGGAUUACUGGGACACACUUAUAUAUCCAAGUAUGGGUGAUAUCUGUGAAAGUACAAUCAAGAGAGCCAAGGACUCGUUUAAAAUAUUAGUAGACUACUACGAAGGCAUGAUGUCUUUAAUGGAAGAUAUACCUGACGACGUGAUCAUUGGUACCAUACGACUGCUACUAUACUUCACAUUGAAAGGUCCAUUAGCGGUGCUUGCUUGGAUUUAUUUCAUGAUUCGCCUACUCAUAUCAAUGCUUUAUUUUCCAUUCAUUAUGUUUUAUUUCCUCUUCUGGAAGGUUGCAACAAGAGUAGUUCUACCCAUUAAGCAUAUCGAGAAGAAAAUGAAGGAAUAGAAAUCAGCAAAAGAAGUUCUAAAAUUGGUAUGUGAGGAAAUAGAGA